GGUUGGAAACCAUGUAGGACACCUGGAUUUGGACAGCCCUAAGCUUGUCUUAUGAUUUGGUUACCGCAUGAGUACGCGCUCACCUUAUCGUGACGUCAUAAUAUAAUCACCAGAUAAUUGGUGUCACGCGGCGAAUCCUGCCGGGCUUUCGGGUUCAACGCGGUCACGUGCGCGUGUUUCCAGGUUUGGGAUCCUGUGACCCCAGCGGGGGGGUCCUGCAUCAGGAUGGGGGAGUCCCGGCUGUUGGUGGAGGAGCUGCUGGCACCGAUCCUGCAGCUGGUCCAGGUGGAGGACAGCGUGGAGCGAGAAUUCAUUGAAAUGCUGAAGAACUUUGAGGCUGUGAGGAAGAAGUGGCUGCACUCCGAGCUGGAGCUGAAAAAGUACAAAGAGCUGCUGGUCAAGUCAGAUGUGGCCAAAGCUGCUCUGGAGGUCAAGCUGAAGCACGCCCGCAACCAGCUGGAUGUGGAGAUGAAGAAGAGGCACAAGGUGGAGUCUGACUACCAGUAUCUGCAGAGGCAGAUGCAGCUGAUGUGUGACAUCCUGGUCCACGACAGCAAGUCCAGCUCCUGCCUGAACGACGAGCAGAAGUCUCUGCUGGCCACAUUCGACCGCAGAGGAGCCAACACGACCCUGCAGAGGAGCAGCAAACGGCUGUCAGUCAUUGAUGAGUCCUCGUUCCUGUCCCACUCCGACAUCAGCUACGACCGCACCGACGACGAUGUGGACCUGGACACCACUGUGAUCAAGCCUCUGAAGUCUCGAGCUCGAGAGAGAAGGCGCUCGUCCAUGUGCCCGACUGUCGGGGCUCCUGUUGGGAAGCGAUCCAGAGGCGGGAACGUCUCCACUGAGCUGCUGGAGAGAAAAACUAUAGAUGAGGAGGUGGAGACCAUAGUGAAGGCUUCCAUGACGACUGUGGACUCUGGUGGUCAGGUCCACAUGAAACUUGGAAUCACACAGGAGAGUCCUGACAACCCGAGUCGCUCCAUCACCCAGGAAUGUGCCGUGUCCCUGGGGGGUGGAGGAGCAGGAGACCAAACCUCUGUGUGGCUGCACUGUGAUAACGCCAUGGUCCAGCUGGAGGCUGAAGGACUCCAGCAAGACUCGACGGCCCCCAGCUGCAGAGUUCAGAAGACCCUCAGACACAUCUUCCUGUCUAAAACGGUGAUCCGGCCUGAGACGUGUGUGCCGUGCGGGAAGAGGAUCCGCUUUGGAAAGGUGGCUGUAAAAUGCAGGAGCUGCCGUGUGGUCGCCCAUCCAGAAUGCAAGCAGAAGCUCCCCAUUGGCUGCUCAGCUGGCAUCCCUGUGACAGGAAGUGCAGCUCAGACGGCACCAGAUUCAUUGGAGAGGUUUGCUCCACCCACCCACCCCAGAGUCCCUCAGCUUAUAGUGGACUGUGUGGCUGAGAUUGAGAGGCGGGGCCUUCAGGAGAGGGGUCUGUACAGAGUUCCUGGAGGUGAGCGUCUUGUGAAGGAGCUGAGAGAGCGUUUUCUUCAGGGGAAGUCGGCUCUGGUGCUCAACAAAGUCCAAGACAUCCAUGUGGUCUGUGGACUCCUGAAGGAUUUUCUGAGGAAGCUGAAGGAACCUCUGAUCACGUUCAGGCUUCACAAAACCUUCAUGGAAGCUUCAGAGCUUGCUGAUGAAGACCGGAGCUGGACCGUCUUGAGUCAGGCUGUGGCUGAGCUUCCAAAGGCCAACAGAGACACUCUGGCUUUCCUCAUGCUUCAUCUGCACAAGGUGAUGAGGAGUCCACAGUGCCAGAUGGACCUGAACAAUUUGGCUCGAAUAUUUGGACCUACUAUCGUAGGCCAUGGGAUGUCUGAGCCAUCUCCAACAACUAUCAUGAGAGACACCAAUGUCCAGCCAAAGGUUGUUUGCCGCUUGUUGUCCCUUCCUGAAGACUUUUGGAGGCGUAUCCUCACGGAUCACGGUGUCCGGUUGGAGGAGGUCCCGCUCGUGUGCUCCAAAAAGAAAAGUCAGGAUGAAGGACAUGCAGGUCGAUUGUUUAAGCCGCUGACGUCUCCAGAAUUACACAGCUGCUACAAGACAUCCACCGUGGGAUCAGUCCGAGGCAGGAUCCUAAACCCAAGGAAUGCUGUCCCCGACACAGGUCAAGUAGAUUCGACGAGGAAGUUCUUCACAUCCCCCAGCUGAAAAACCUGCAUCAUUAUGCUCAACAGUGUAGCCUGAUGCAGUCAAUCUGUGAACCAGGCCUCGGACUCUGACAUUUUAACACUUUGAAGGAGCAAACCUCGACUGCCAUUAGCUGGAGUCCAUCAUGCUCCAUAGUGGAUUCUGCAUCAGACCUUGCUAAGAGUGGAGCUCUGUCUUCAUGCUGUCUGUCUUAAUGUUAUCAUUUUUCUGUGUUUCAUUUGUAUCCAUGUUGCUUAUCUUGUUUAUUUUUGUCAUUUAUCUCCACGUCGUUGGAGUUCUGUGAUGUAGACUUGCAUUUAUGGAGCUUCAGAACCAUCAGAACUGAUCAGUUUGAUGCUGGGCUGUAAAAAAAAAGAAAUUUGUAAUAAUUUGGAUUUUUUUUUUAAAUAUAUUGAAAUUAAAAAUGUUGUCUUUUGGAUAAAUUAUGUUAUUUGUGUAAUCAGAUGAUAAUCUCGGAUUUAAACCGGGAAAACGUGUUAAAUCGGUCCAUUGCAGCUCUGUGUAGAUAAACAUUUUAUCUGGAAGAAACAAAUAACAUGUAAUGUAGGCUACACUUGCGUUAAUUAAAAACACGUUUUACUUUAUUCAUUUAGUACAUAAUCUUUUGAUGUUGAUGGGAACUAAAUAAAGAAAAGAAAAAAAAA